AUGGGAAGAAGAGCGAAAAACAAGCAGGGCAUGCCCCCUACGCUUGAGGAGUUUUUGGAUGGCAAGGACGAAGGAAGAAAGGCCGGCCAGCAACAGAAAAGAAAGAGCAGCGACAAGGAGGCACCCACAAAGAAGAAGCUGAAGAAGGAGUCUAAGAAGGAGUCUAAGAAGGAGUCUAAGAAGGUUGCGGAAGAGGAAAAGGAAGAAGACAUCGACCUUCCUGAGGUGGAUUUGGAACAGCUUCAUUCGGCGAAAAAGCUGCUUUUUGAUGACGAUGACGAAGACGACGAGCAACUUCCAGAUGAUGAGUUCGAUAUGGAAGACGAGUUUGUAGACUCCGAUGAGGACGAUAGAGAAAGACCACAGUUCUCGGACGAUGAAGCAGAUUUGGAGGACUUGAAUGCGGCAAACAUGGAAGCGUUGUCAAGAAAGCUUGAUGAAGAGGAGGAAGAGGAGGCAGAGGAGGCCCAGCUCGAAUUGGUCCAGGGUGCUCCACAGCCUCGUGCUAAGGUUUUGCCUACGGCGGAGGAGGAGGAAGAGUUGGCCAAGCAGCCUACAGAUGUCACCUCCGUAAGAACAAGAAUGCUUGAAAUCGUCAAAGUCCUUGAGAACUUCAAGGAAUUGGCCGAAGAAGGUAGGUCUAGAGCAGAGUACAUCUCGCGCUUCAUCAAGGACAUCUGUGAGUACUUUGGCUACACGGAGUUUUUAGCUGAGAAGCUCUUUGAUUUGUUCUCCCCAGCGGAGGCUCUUGAGUUCUUUGAGGCCAACGAGGUCGCCAGACCUGUCACCAUCAGAACAAACACAUUGAAGACAAGAAGAAGAGACUUGGCCCAGACCUUGGUCAACAGAGGUGUCAAUUUGCAGCCUAUUGGUAAAUGGACCAAGGUUGGUUUGCAAAUUUUCGACUCGCAGGUGCCUAUCGGUGCUACUCCAGAAUACUUAGCUGGGCAGUACAUUUUGCAGGCCGCCUCCUCUUUCUUGCCUGUGAUGGCCUUGGACCCUCAAGAAAAUGAGCGAAUCCUUGAUAUGGCUGCCGCUCCAGGCGGUAAGACAACGUACAUUUCUGCUUUGAUGAAAAAUACGGGAUGUAUCUUUGCCAACGACGCCAACAAAGCCAGAACCAAAUCUUUGGUCGCCAAUAUUCAAAGAUUGGGAUGCAAGAACACCAUUGUUUGUAACUACGAUGCUCGUGAAUUCCCUAAAGUCAUUGGUGGUUUUGAUAGAAUCCUUUUGGAUGCUCCUUGUUCCGGUACCGGUGUCAUUGCCAAAGACGAGUCUGUCAAAGUCAACAGAAACGAAAAGGACUUCAUUCAGAUCCCUCACCUACAAAAACAGUUGUUGUUGAGUGCCAUCGACUCUGUUGAUGCCCACUCCAAGACUGGCGGUGUUAUAGUGUACUCUACAUGUUCGGUUGCUGUGGAUGAAAACGAAGCUGUUGUGGACUACGCAUUGAGAAAGAGACCAAACGUCAAGUUGGUAGAGACGGGGUUGGAAAUUGGUAAGCAUGGUUUCACUUCUUUCAGAGGCAAACAUUUCAAUCAAUCACUUUCCAUGACUAGACGCUAUUACCCUCACACAUACAACGUUGACGGGUUCUUUGUUGCUAAAUUCAAGAAGAUUGCAUCGUCUCCUCACGAUGUCUCGAAGGCAGGCGCUAAAGAGAAGGAGUCGUUAGCUAGAGCCGAAGCUGAAGAAGAAGGUAUCAUCCAUGACGACUUCGCUGAGUUCAAUGAAGAUGAGGACAAGGAGCUUGUCGAGAAGUCCAUCAAGAGACACAUGAAGAGAAAGGGGUUAAAUCCAAACACGAAAAAAUAG